AUGGCUUCCGCUUUAAUCAAAUUUGUUGUUUCUUUCAGUUCACAGGAUGAGGUCCAUAAAGUCCAGAAUCUUAUCAACGGUGAUGGAUGUCAAAAAUGGCUGUCAAAUAGUAAAGAAAAAACAGGGCAAAUAGAAGCCAUCUUUCAGUUGGAGGAUUUUUUAAAAGUAGCCUUUAUUGACGUUGGUACAAUAUGGUGUAGUACAAUAGAGAUACAAGUUGGAAGAUCAGAUUGGCCUCAAGAUAAACAAUAUCUGACUCUCUGUCCUACUGCUAGUUUAAUGUCUCCUAUAGACUGUCGACUCAAACAAAACAUCAACAAAACUAGGAUGUUUUCUAAAGAAGAGUUUAUUGAUACUGUAGUCAGAGAGAAAUGGGAUCGAAUCAAAUUAAUCUUACGACAACCCUAUCGUAAAGAUGUUCAGUUUGGUGUGUCUUUUAUAAAGAUCAAAUCAGCUGCAGCAGUGUAUAUUGAAAAACCUAAAUCGGGGUUGUCUCCCUUAGAUGACAAUGGACGGGUUAAAAUGAUCAAAUCACAUUUCUUUGGUUCCAAAAAAGACAGGUACAGUUUUCAUACUCUUCUGUGA